AUGGAGGAAAAGAGCUGCAGCAUUUUCACUGUCGCGAUCUCUUUUCUCGUCGUGUCAUGGGUAACUGUUGCAUUGCGCUGCUAUGUGCGCCUGAAUCUGACCCGAUGGGGCAUGGAUGACAUCCUCGUGGUCGUGGUUGUGUUCAUGUUCAGUGGUCUCGCGGGUUGCCUCAUGCAAUCUGCGUCCCUAGGCCUUGGGAAACAUUCUAAAGAUAUAAAAUCAAUCGAUGCAAGGGCCGAUGCAUUCAAGUUUUUCUUUACCGCCGAUAUGUUAUAUAUCUUAUCGUCGAUGAUAGUCAAGGUUUCCUUCUGUUUAUCCCUCUUACGAAUCAUCAUCGUUGGACGAGCUUACAUCUUUACGAUAUACACAGUUGGCGUGAUUACCUUCAUUUUCACGACUUUCUACUUCUUUUUCGCCCUUUUCUCUUGCUCGCCAGUGGAGUAUACCUGGGAACAGAUACGGAAUCCGGACCUGGCCGGGACAUGUCGGCAAUAUUUCAAGGUUGUGGCUGGGAGCUAUGCCCAUAGCUCAAUCAUUUGUGCGGGCGACUUGACACUCGCAACAGUCCCUGCCUUGAUGAUAAGGAAAUUGCAACUAAACCGCCGUACUAAGUUAUCCGCUUGCGUUCUCCUUGGGUUUGGAUCAGUAGCAAGCAUCGCAACGAUAGCCCGGCUCACAUAUGUCCACCACGGAUAUAACCAGGUUGAUUUCCUCUACGUGAACACCGAGAUAAUGAUAUGGUCCAUGGUCGAGAUCGGAGUCAGCAUCAUCGCCAUAUCCGCCGUGACGCUGAAGCCGCUGCUGAUGAAAUACAAAAUGUUCUUCAGCUCCCCUCAGGGCAGCAACCACAACCACAACUACAACAACAACGCGGCGCAUGAGCGCGGCCGCAUCUACGGCGGCCGCGACAGUGAUUUCACAUACACCAUUGGCUCAGGGCCGCCGCGGCGGAAUCGGGCCUCGACGCACGGUAUCAUUAGCGCCUCGCGGUUGAGGCCUGAUCAGGCGGUUGCCAGGGGCCAGUCAUCAUCCGAGGAGAAUAUAUGGGUGCCGAAGGGGGAUGGGCAUACGAUGCCGAGCAGAGAUGGGCCGGAGGAUGAUUUGGAACUCAUUCCUAGGGGCGGGCAGAUACAUAAGAUACAUAAAGUUGUUGAGUUUUCGACGUCGAGGGGUACGACUGAGGAAUCAAGUCAACACAUUUCUGAGCAUAAUAGGUAUACGGAGCAGGUGUAA